GUCCAACUGUGUUCAUCAAGAUUAAUUUUUCCUCUUGUUCCAGCAGCGAUAGGUUCAACCCUGAUAAACAGCCUGCUCAUUCAACCUAAUAAAGUUCAACGCCCAAAGCAAAGCUAUAUAAGCCUGUUAGAUGUUAGCACAAGGCCCAUCCAUUUUACAACCGUCCUAGUCUUCAACACUCACCAAGUUUCCAGGUCAUACACUAGGAAGAAAAAUGGUGAACUUCUCCAAGAAACUGACAACAGAUCAAAUUCCAGGAUGGGAGGAGCACUACUUCAACUACAAGCUCUUGAAGGGCAGAGUAAAAGAAUACACAGAGCAGACAAAAGAAGGCAACCGUGAUCGCAGGCGUGUUUUGAAGGACUUCUCAAAGUUACUUGAUGAUGAGAUUGAAAAGAUUGUGCUGUUCAUGAUAGAACAGCAAGGACUGAUUGCAGCAAGGCUUGAAGAUUUAGGGAAGAAAAAGGCAAGACUUCAGGAUUUACUACUUCUACAGGAGAUAUCUGAACUAAGAGAAGACUACAGGGAAGUUGGCCUGGAUCUUGUAAAGCUCCUAAAGUUUGUUGAUAUUAACGCCAAUGCGGUCCGGAAGAUACUGAAGAAGUUCGAUGAACGUUUGGGUGAUAAAUUUACAGAUUACUAUGUCAGUAGCAGAUCGAACCACCCUUAUUCUCAGCUCAAGCAGGUUUUCAAGCAUGUGGGUAUUGGAGCUGUUGUUGGAGCACUGUCUCGCAACCUUGGCGAUCUUGAGGAGCGUGAAGGGAGUUAUCUGAAUAUCUAUGACCAGCAUCCACUGGCCAUUCCAAAGGACCCGAUAAUUGACCUGAUAAAGGCUACAGCUGACAAGCUGACGAACUCGACGAACUUCCUGCGGUUCUUGGGGCAGCACGCGCUUAUCGCGCAGGAGGACACCGCAGGUUCAGAGGUCGAGCGCAUCGAGGAAGACAAGUACCAUUUCAUCUCCCUGGUGCUGAACCUGGUGAACACCUUCCUGUACAUGGUCAACACCUACAUCAUCGUCCCGACCGCCGACGACUACGCCACCAGCCUCGGCGCCGCCGCCACGGUGUGCGGCGUCAUCAUCGGGUCCAUGGCGGUGGCGCAGAUAUUCUCCUCCGUCUACUUCAGCGCGUGGUCCAAUAGGUCAUACUUCAGGCCGCUGCUGUUCAGCAGCGUCGUGCUGCUUCUCGGCAAUGUGAUGUACGCUCUGGCCUACGAUCUUAAUUCCCUGGUGAUCCUCCUCGUCGGCCGGCUUCUGUGCGGGCUUGGAUCUGCGAGAGCUGUGAACAGGAGGUACAUCAGCGACUGCGUUCCUCCCAGGAUCCGAAUGCAGGCUUCUGCAGCAUUCGUCAGUGCCAGUGCUCUUGGAAUGGCAUGUGGUCCUGCAUUUGCUGGCCUGCUUCAGACAAACGUGAAGGUGUCUGUUUUCACCAUCAACCAGGACACCUUGCCUGGCUGGGUCAUGGCGUUUGGGUGGUUCGUGUACCUGAUCUGGCUGUGGAUUUCAUUCAGAGAGCCAGCACUUGACCCUGACGUGAAAGAUUUCCAUGAGGGUUCCUCCAGCAGCUCUAGCACAAGAUAUUUGGAGCAAGAAGUGGAGCAGGGCCUUGCUGAACAGCUGCUGCCAUCACAUGAAAAUGAUAGUCAGGGUGAAAGAUCUACUCUUAGGCCAGCUUCUUCAGUUGCUUCAGCUUACAGAUUGCUCACACCGUCAGUAAAGGUUCGGCGCGUGAACAUGCUUGCCAUUGCUCUGAUUCAUCACCAAACGUUCGUUUUGCUGUUUCUGAAAACUGAGGGAAGAACUGUUUCCUGCAUGUCGCAGGUCCAGCUGCUGAUCUACUUCAUGCUCAAGUACGCGAUGGAGAUCCUGCUGUCGGAGUCGAGCGUGGUGACCAGCUACUACUUCGGCUGGAACACCAGCACGAUCGCCGUGUUCCUGGCCAUCCUGGGGCUCACCGUCCUUCCCGUGAACGCCGUCGUCGGCACCUACAUCAGCAACAUGUUCGAGGACAGGCAGAUCCUGCUGGCGUCGGAGGUGGUGCUGCUCGUGGGGAUCCUGCUGAGCUUCCGCGUGACGGGGACGUACACGGCGGCGCAGUACGUGUGCUCGGCGCUGCUGACGUUCGUGUCGGCGGAGGUGCUGGAGGGCGUGAACCUGUCGCUGCUGUCGCAGGUGAUGUCGUCGCGGCUGUCGAGGGGGACGUACAACGGCGGCCUGCUGUCGACGGAGGCCGGGACGCUGGCGCGGGUGGCGGCGGACGGCACCAUCACGCUCGCCGGCGGGCUCCUCGGCCGGGCCGCGCUCCUCAACGCCACGCUGCUGCCGUCCCUGCUCAUCUGCCUCGCCUCCAUCGCCGCAACCAUGUCCACCUACAACUCGCUCUUCUACUAGCGGGUUUGCCGGUUGCCGGGUGGAUGGCGUGGAGCCGCGUCGACGGAACGUUGGUUCCGGUGGCCCACGGGUGUGUUUUUGGUAGCGCGUGCAGUGUUGUGCGUUGAGAGAGAAGCGUGGCACGUUUGUGAUUUUUUAACCAGCUCCGGUGAUUUGUUCGGUGGAUCCCUGAUGAAACAGCCUUUCAAGCUUUGUGA